AUGACUCAAAAGUAUGCCUGUGACGUGCGGGUGAUUCGACUUCUGCGGGAGAGGGGCCUGGGCAACAGUCCCACGCGGGUGUUGAAACAGCUGAGGGAGAACCACACAGAGGAGUGGCUGCAACGGGUGUCACGGUACACCACAGAGUGUAAGGGCUUCCUCCAGGGCCCUGCACUGCUGCCGGUGACGUUCCCUGAGCCUCCACAGCUUGACGUUGUGCCCAGUUGCAAGUGGCUCCUGUCUGUCUACAGCCAGGACAUUUUGGCAAGGCUGGAGGACAUCAAGGCCCACAUAACUUCAACAUAUGGCUCCAUUCUUAAGAUGGACUCCACAAAAAAGAUCACAAAGAAGCUUGCUGGGACAGCAAAGAGAACGGCUCUCUGGCUCACCUCCGUGGGAAACGAGCAUGGCCAGAUUUUAAUCAGUGUCCUGACUGCUCAGGAGGGAGCUGGUUUAGACAGGAUGGCAAGUGACCUGGUGAAGAGGUACGAGAAGGCCAGUGUGAAUCUCCCCGUUGCCCUGUAUGUGGACUGCGGAUGCUGUGCUGUGGCAGCAGAGACCACUAAGCUGCAGGCCAGAUUCAGUGGGUGGCCACAGCUUCUGGUAAGGCUGGAUAUUUGGCACUUCAUGCGGCGGCUUGCCCUCGGAUGCACCACCGAUGUCCAUCAGCUGUACCCACUUUAUAUGUCACGCAUGUCAGCGUGCAUUUUUGAAUGGGAUGCAGCCGAUUUAGCACUGCUGCAUGAAGCCAAGGCCCAGCAACUUCAGGCCCAGGGACUGUCUUCCGCAGAUAUGGACAGACAUCUGACCAGGGAGGAGUUGGCUCUCCACUGCUGA